CUGUCCUCGGUUUUGUGGUGUUCGUUCUAAAAUGAAAUGCCGGCGCAUCUUUUGAUUUGCCAGCAACUUAUAUGACCUGAAAAUGUACUCUAUAUCCAAUCCGUUGUAUUCGGACACUCUGAAACAUUUAUGAAACAGUGAAAUCGUCAAAACUGGAUAAGCCCAAGCCGACCGACAGGCUCUAAGCAGUUUCCGCGCAGAAUGGGAAAACAUUUUCUAAAGUAGCUCAAAAACUCACCAUGAUGGAGGCGUUUGAGUUUGAUCUCCUGGAGACAGGAAGUUUAGAAGAGAUCGUUGGGCCACACGUUCUUGCGCAGCCAGAAAAUGAUCCGUUAUAUCAGUCAGCAGAAAGUUCUUCUCCUUUACAAGUACUGCUAACCGAUAGUGACGAAAAGAUUUUUCCGUCGAUCACAGUACCGUCACAAGAGAAGCAGCCGAUGGAGAAUACUGUUAGCACCGACAGCUGUAGCAAGGCAAAUGCUGGCACCAAGCGCGCAGCACGCAGCUCUUCAAACAGUCAAAAAUCGCACCGCUGUCCUUUCUGUAAUGCUGUUUUAUCAAGUUCGUAUGCUCUAAAAGUUCAUCAGCGGAAGCACUCGGGUGAAACCCCGUACAUCUGCGGCCUCUGUACGAAAGGUUUCACCACCUCCAGUGACUUAAAGCGGCACAGCAGGAUUCACACUGGAGAUCGACCGUACGGAUGCACGGAGCCUGGGUGUGGAAGAAGUUUCACGACUGCAGGGAUUCUCGCGGAGCAUCUGAAAGGUCAUCGUGGAGAAAAGCCUUACCGCUGUGAAGUGGCUGAUUGUGGCAAGACCUUCGGGAAUGUGACUAAUCUGCGGAAUCACUGUCGCAUUCACAGUGGAGAACGUCCAUUUCGAUGCCGCGUUGCCGAUUGUGAUAAAUCGUUUACAGAGUAUUCGUCGCUCUACAAACAUCUCGUUGUUCAUACCGCUGAGAAGCCUUACAAGUGCACUAACUGUGGAAAUAUAUAUAGACAGAGUUCUUCAUUGCGACAACACAUGAGAUGCCAUUCAAUCAAACCUGAAAAUAUUGAUAUUGUCGUUCGUUGCGAGCCUCAGGUACAACGAGAUGCCUCAAGCAGGGGGCCGUGUCUACCAUAAGAUAGAUAACGCGCGGUGAUUUAUGACAGCUAUGCUUUAUCGUAACUUAUAGUUAGGUAGAUACAGAUACACCUGUAUACUAUGUAUUAUACAUAACAGCCCUAUGACAUAAAAUAUUAAAAGAAUAAACAAAUAUACAACAACAACAACAACAAAGGCUCAUACUGCCAGAAACGAAUCAAUAUUUUCAAAAGUAGCUUGCUCAAAUCCUUUGGUAGCCGAAGCUUAAAUUGGGUAGAGGAAACGCAAUUAUGUGGCCCACAAUGUAGUUGUUGUAAAAGGAUAAGAAAUAAGAAUGAUAACUAAACGUCAUGUUUCAUGCUAGAAAACGGCCACAAGCCGUGGUAAAUGUUUAAAAUUAGGUGUUUUUCAAAAUAAUUUUGACAAUAUGAUGGCUUUCCGUGUAAAGAGGCUAAACUAAUCCUUUGCGGCUAUGAGUUAUAAGUAUCUCCUAUUUUUUUAUUGAUAACUUGCCGGAGGAUCUCGUAGAAAUUUGCAACGUGAACGCUUCAAAUGUGGAUAGAAAAAUGUAGCUUUUCUGCGCAAAAGUUAACGUUAAUUUCAUAGAAGCUAUAGAGUCGAAAUUUGUAAAACCUCGCGUAAAAUGUAGCAUUGUUUAAUCAGCAGUUUUGACAUAGGAGAAAACGAAUUAUCACUCGUAUUAGAAUUACACAUUUUAUAAAGACGUCACUUUACUUGAUUUUCGCUGGAGCGGAAUUAUCCCUUUUUACAUGGAAACACUUCAGAUGUAUUUGACUAAAUGCUUUCGCUAGAAAACCUUCUCAAUCACAUCGAUACAAAUUGUAAUCUUGUGUCCUCUUUCGCCCGCUUUCCCUCUCACGCUGGUGAAACUUUCAAAGAAUAUCUUGCAAAUGAGAGAAAAUAUUUAAAGAUCUGAAUGGAUGAAUUUUAUGAUAGCGUCGAGCUAGAAUUUGGCCGAGCUAAUUUCUGGUUUACAUCACAGUUGCAUUUGCUGUGAUUUCCUGAAGGCAACCUGCUCUUGCACAUUUUUUCAGGCUAUUCGUUCAAUAUUUUUGUCACUGUACCUUUUUUAAUAAUUGCCGUUAAGUGACCCGCAUAUUCUCAGAACUUCGAUCUGUCAGCUAUAAAGAUUGGCUUGGAUUAGCGAGCAGGCAGCAACGCGUUUGCAGAUGCACGAAUUCGUUUUUGUGUAAAUGUUAAGGUAUUAAAAUAAGUAUAAAAGACAAACGCAGCGAGCAAUUUAGGAAAAGAUACGACACGUAUACGUUUCGCAAAUUCAAGGAUUGCGCGUGCUCUACGAUACAGAAACAUUGUGGUUUUAUAAGAGUAUUUAUAUAUUUUACGAGG